GGACUGCGGGUUUGAGCGGCGCCUGGGUGCCCAGCCACCGCCUCUGCGCCGUCCCGCGGGCCGGGCAUGGGCGCGGGCGCCGGCACCAUGAGUGUCCUGGGCAGCCCGGUCCGCGCCUACGACUUUCUGCUCAAGUUCCUGCUGGUGGGCGACAGCGACGUGGGCAAGGGCGAGAUCCUGGCGAGCCUGCAGGACGGCGCGGCCGAGUCCCCGUACGGCCACCCGGCGGGCAUCGACUACAAGACCACCACCAUCCUGCUGGACGGGCGGCGGGUGAAGCUGCAGCUCUGGGACACUUCUGGGCAGGGGAGAUUUUGUACCAUAUUCCGUUCCUACUCACGGGGCGCACAGGGGGUGAUCCUGGUCUAUGACAUUGCAAAUCGCUGGUCCUUCGAUGGCAUUGACCGCUGGAUCAAGGAGAUUGAUGAGCAUGCUCCUGGUGUCCCUAAAAUCCUGGUGGGAAACCGCCUGCACCUGGCCUUCAAGAGACAGGUCCCCACAGAGCAGGCCCAGGCCUACGCGGAGCGCCUGGGUGUGACCUUCUUCGAGGUCAGCCCUCUGUGCAAUUUCAACAUCACGGAGUCCUUCACGGAGUUGGCCAGGACUGUGCUGCUGCGACACGGGAUGGACCGGCUCUGGAGGCCAAGCAAGGUACUAAGCCUGCAGGACCUGUGCUGCCGAGCGGUGGUGUCCUGCACGCCCGUGCAUCUGGUGGACAAGCUCCCGCUGCCCAUGGCCUUGAGAAGCCACCUCAAGUCCUUCUCCAUGGCCAAUGGCCUGAACGCCAGGAUGAUGCACGGCCGCUCCUACUCCGUCACCACCAGCUCUGUGCACAAGAGGAACAGCCUCCGCAAAGGCAAGGCCGCUCGGCCACCCCAGAGCCCGCCCAAGCGCUGCACCAGAAACAGCUGUAAGGUCUCCUAAGGAAGGCUCCGGAAGGGCGCACGCUGGACCCUCCAGGAGACCGAGCCAUCACACAGGAGCCGGGAGGCCACUCUAGAUCCCAGAAACGCCGGCCACGCCCUCAUGGUGACCAUGCUGCUCCGUGCAAUGAAAACCUGGUCCACGUCUGACUCGGAUGUCUCCAUGUGGAUGUGCAUGAGGCUGUUGUGUGAGACGUGUGUUUGUCAAGGGGAGGUCGGCACCCUGCUCACCUCUUGAUAACAUGAAAUUCUGAAUGUUACUUAUGCCAUGAUUGCGGUGCCACUUUUCCCUUAAAAUAACAGCUUUUAUGAGAAUGGUGAUAUGCGUGUGCUGAGUAUGAAUCCAGGGGACCCCAACAGCAACGACAGGUACAUUAGAGUCGACACUAGGAGAGGGGCCUUUUGUAACCCUCCUUUGCAACAUCAAAGCACUAAUUUAUAAAUGCUGCGGACGUGCUUGGGACGCCACACAGCAGCUCUGCCCAGCUUCUGUACAAGGUGGGUUUGAUAAAGUUUUUGCUAUGUUAUUUACUACUACAUUUUGGGAUUAAUAAGUGAUUUAUAUGCAUAUUUUUCUGUGAACCUACAUUUUUUGGUAUAAAAUAUUCCACAAGUUAUGAAGCUGAGAAAAGAAAAUGCCAAAGAUACCUCCCAUUGUGUGGAACCGAGCCACGGCCGCCGCCCAGAGCCGGGUCGGGAGCAGACGUCAGGCAGGAGAGCCGGGCACAGUCAGAAGGAAGCGCUGCCUGUUUCCUGCAGAGUCGCUGGCUGGUCCUUUCCGACUCUGUGUGUUUCACAGCCCUUCACUUCUCUGCCACGAGUUAGCGCGCCCACGGCGGUGGCAACAAGGCUUCGUUCCUGACCGGCAUCAUCUAUUGAAAAAGAUUCCUCGUCCUGAAAAGAAAUGUAGAGGCAGAAAGUGGGGAGUACGGUUGACCCUUGAACCCUGUGGGGUUAAGGGCACCGACCUCCCACACAGUCGAAAAUCCACAUCUAACCACAGUUGGCCCUCUGCACAUGCGGAUCCCCGAUCACGGAGCUGACCCUUGAACAACACAGUUUGACCUGCUCGGAUCCAUUGGAAACGAUGUGGGAUCUGUGCAGUUUGAGCCCAUGUUCUUCAAGGGCCACCUUGAGCUAAGGAGUGCCAGUCUGGUAAGAUACUGGGAGGCGCUGUUCAGUCACCCUGGUAUGCUCACCUAUGGCAUUAGGGAUGUCCCCAACAGACGAGGUCCUUAUCACCGGUCACAGUGACAUGAAGAACGGUGCUGACUGUGCAAACCAGGGAGGGUCCCGCAUUCCUGGUUGUACCUGUUUGCUGUCUCUCUGUGGCAGCUGGAGGUUAGAUGGAAGGAUUUAAAAAAUAACUUGAGUUGAGAAAAUGCCUAGAUGUUCUCAGUUUCUGUAAAUGGCUUACAGAUUUUUAGAAAUGUAAGGGACCCUAGAAUUGGGAGCAACACACCUUUAUCCAGAGAUAGUGGAUCCAAGGCCCAGAGAGUGAAAAUAAACACAGCCACUGAUGGUCAUUGAAGAUCUGAAGCCAGACAUGAUGAGCACAAAUGUCCACAGGAGAGUGGGCAAGUGGACAGCAGGUAAAUCCUGAGGGGAGAGUGCCUCUCAGUGAGCUGCUGGCCUGUGAGGACAUCCUGCUGGGGCCAUAGCCCCCUUCUCUGCUGGGCAGUGGAUGGAGACAGGGAAGGGCUGACCUGCUGACCAUGAACGCUGGGACAGUCAAGGUGGGGCAUCUCUUUCCCAUGUUUGUAACCAGGAGAGAUAAGGAGAGGUCCCGGUGAAAUGAAAACCACCCAGCACGUCUUCUCCCCUUUGAAGAAUGCACUUCUCAAGACCCCAAAGGGGAGGGAAGAUGUGGGGCUUGCAGAUGGUGGCAGUUACUGGGAAUAGGUCCCCUGGCCGCAAGGUUAAACCCAGCCAAACAGGGUUCUUUCCCCCUUUCCAUUCCUUUUUGUUUUUUAAUGGAAGGACUCCUCAGGAUGACCACUCAUGUCGUAGAAGGAUGGUAAUAAAUUUCCUCUGGCCUCUGUGUCAGGAGCUGUCUUGGAACACACAGGCUGCCCAGGGGACUCAGCUCUCCACAGACAAGGCCACCUGGGGCCAACAGAAGCUAAAAGAGGCAGGAGGGACCCCUACCUGCUUCCCACACCUCUGCAAGGAGCCAGGCCCUACCCACACCUGGAUUUCGAACACAGGCCUCUGGAGUUGUGAGAGGACAUAGUUCUGUUGUGUGGCAAUUUGUUAUGGCAGCUGAGGACCCUCAUACAACAAAGAAAUAGGUUCCACUUCACAGGAGAAAGUGCCUCAGCAAGUCAAAGUGGCGUUUGUGUGAAAUAAAAACAAUAAACCCUAACACGGAAUGUACUAAAUAGAAGUAUGCAUGUUUUGGUGGUGAAUGUGCAGAAAAUAUAAUUGAAAUGUAAACUGAACCCUAAAGCAAACUGCUUUCCAACCUUGUCAUUUGUCAUUUUCUUCCAUGGCCCUUGCUGCUGG